AUGGUGCUCGGCCUGUCAUAUCGACCCCUUGACCCUGCAACUUAUGAGAUUCGACUACUUCGAGUUCAUGCCGGGGUAAAAGGGAGUGGAAGAGACGUCAUAAGAUGCGAUCUCUUUCAUGCAAGUCUACAAGAUCCGGGCCUUCGAUACGAUGCACUGUCCUACUGCUGGGGGGAUGAGAGCCGCACCGCCGUGGUCAACAUCAAUGGGCAGGACCUUACCGUGCGCUUGUCUCUGGAAUCUGGUCUGAGGCAUUUGCGUUACCCGGAUCGAGAACUGAUCAUUUGGGUAGAUGCUAUCUGCAUCAAUCAGGCGGAUACCAGUGAAAAAAAUCAUCAGAUUCAGCAGAUGGAUUCCAUUUACAGCCAGAGCCAGGCUGUGCGCGCGUGGCUUGGUCCAACACAUCACGACCGCCAGUUCCCUCUUGUGUGUCUGAAAAGAUGGGCUGCUACAUUCACAGUGCCUGGCGAGUUUGGCCGUGGCAGUAUACCAUUCCCAAUCAAACGUGAAGAUAUUGCAGUCAGCGCCGCAGAUGAAGCAGCUGUGAGGAGAUUUGCUCAGAGAGACUAUUGGACGCGCUUCUGGAUAUUGCAAGAGCUUGCUCUGGCACAUAGCGCCAUCAUCCAUUACGGCCAACAGGAGAUACUGCUCGACGACCUUUUUGCUGUUCGGACAUGCCUGAUCGGGUUGAGUGCGCCAUUUAUCACGGAAUCAGAUACACAAGCACAUCUAAAGCUUCCUGAUGUCCAGGACGUCAACGAGCCGGACCCGUUGCUCAACGUGUUACGAUCUCUGAAGGAAAUUCAGUCUAUCUUGCGCGGCGAAGGCUAUGUCACGGUUGACAUGGCGACUUUUUUGACCUCGCGUGGAUCAAAAGAUCCUCGAGAUCGAAUUUUCGGUCUGUCUUGCAGAGCUGCUACAAGACUCACACCUUACCAAUUCGUCACACCCGACUACAACAAGACUUUGGAGCGGGUUUACCUGGAAUACGCGCUAUGUACGAUUCAAAAUGGGGAUACUUAUGGAUUGCUCCGGCAUUCUGGUUUCAGGCUCCUGCCCGAAACUGCUAUGGGUGACAAGGAUCUUCCCAGUUGGGCCAUUGACUGGCGCUGUCCUGUCAAAGAUACCGUCUAUCGAUCAAUGCGUGGCGUUGCAGCUCACAACGAGGCUACAAGAGUCACAGCCACCUCUUUCACCUGUUCGAGGCUGUGGGUACAAGGUACCAAGAUCGACGAAGUUUGCAAGGAGCUACCAUUGCAAUUUCUGUUCGCAGGAGAUAAUGACAAACACGCGAUAGGGCGGUCACGUGGUUUGUUCUUCAAGGACUUUGUCUUGGCGCCCCGUACCUCCCAAGGACAGUCACCGCUGCUGCUUCUGUAUCGCUUCAUCGCGUUCGCUGAGCUUGACUGCCUUUCGAGGAUAGAACGAGACAUCGUGUAUCAUCGAGACGAUCGAAUGCUCCUUGAGCUAUUCUUUGCCACGCUAAUAAAGAGGCUGCUGGUUCUGGAACUCACUGCCCCCGAGACAUGUUCCCUUGCUCUACAAAUCGGUAGCGCUCUGUUGCCUCCUGAUGCUAGGUUUCUUGAGGUAGCCGAGCUCAUGAGCCACGCCGCCGAUAUCGAAGAACGAGCCCGCGUUCUUAUGCUGGACAUAAUGCGUUUCAUCACUUCUGACGUGCGCUUCUUCUUGACAGAAAAUGGUAGAAUGGGUGUAGGGGCCACACGACUUCGCGAAGGAGACGGCAUAUUCGCCCUUGCACCGAGUGGUGCGACGUUCGCCCUGCGCCAGGAACAAAGCCCAGAAGGCCCCGAGCCUUGGUUUAGGAACGCCGGGGAGUGCUUCAUCCUCGACUCCGACACGUCUGGCACUGCGAAAGAGGAGCCAGACUACAUGGACCUUGAGAUUCGUUGA